UCCGCUUUUUCUCUCUUUCUCUACUUUAUCAAACCUAAUCUUCUUUCUUUCUUGCUCCUACUUUUCUUUUUGUUAAUAUAUUUUUAGCGAAGGGAUUUUGUAAAUUGAUUAAUUUAAACAAGUUUCGGUGAUUUUGAUGAUCAAUGUGGUCUGGUUGAGAGAAUUGAUAAAGAGGAAAUGGUGGGAAGCUAGGGAAGGAGGAGCAAGAAAAUUUUGAAAUUUUGAACAGUUCAAAAUUUAGUACUAGAAUUUUUUAGAAAAUAAAAGAAAAAGGACAAGAAAAUGGUGGUGAGGAAAGUAGGCAAGUAUGAGAUAGGAAGAACUAUAGGAGAAGGAACAUUUGCUAAAGUUAAAUUUGCCCAAAAUACAGAGACAGGGGAGAGUGUUGCCAUGAAAAUACUCGAUCGCUCCACCAUCAUCAAGCACAAGAUGGUCGACCAGAUUAAGAGGGAGAUAUCUAUAAUGAAGCUUGUCAGGCAUCCAUAUGUUGUCCGUCUACACGAGGUGAUAGCAAGCCGCACCAAGAUCUACAUCAUCUUGGAAUUUAUUACUGGUGGUGAAUUGUUUGACAAAAUUGUUCACCAUGGAAGGCUAAGUGAAGCUGAAUCUCGUAGAUACUUCCAGCAGCUUAUAGAUGGUGUGGACUAUUGUCAUAGUAGAGGAGUCUACCAUAGGGACCUAAAGCCUGAAAAUCUUCUACUAGAUUCACAAGGGAAUUUGAAGAUCUCAGAUUUUGGACUUAGUGCGCUACCAGGACAAGGAGUCAACCUGCUCAAGACAACGUGUGGAACUCCAAACUAUGUGGCACCAGAGGUUUUGAGUCACAAGGGCUAUGAUGGUGCUGUAGCAGAUGUCUGGUCCUGUGGUGUCAUCCUUUAUGUCCUGAUGGCGGGUUAUCUUCCAUUUGACGAGAUUGAUCUUACUACACUAUAUGGCAAGAUUGAAAGAGCAGAAUUUUUAUGCCCAUCUUGGUUUCCAGUUGGAGCAAGAUCCUUGAUUUCUCGAACUUUGGACCCCAAUCCUGACACGCGUAUCCGAAUUGAAGAAAUCAGAAAUGAUGAGUGGUUUAAGAAAGGCUAUGUUCCUGUGAAACUUGCUGAAAGUGAGGAUGUCAAUCUGGAUGAUGUUAAUGCUGUUUUUAAUGAUGCUGAGGAAGAACAAACUAAUGAGCAAUGUGGGAAUGAGGAUGUAGGGCCUUUGGUUCUUAAUGCAUUUGAUCUAAUCAUUCUCUCCCAAGGAUUAAACCUUUCUGCCUUGUUUGAUCGUAAGCAGGAUUUGGUGAAAAAUCAAACGCGCUUUGUUUCACAAAAACCUGCAAAGGUUGUUUUAUCGAGUAUGGAAGUUGUUGCUCAAUCAAUGGGUUUUAAAACCCAUAUUCGUAAUUAUAAGAUGAGGGUGGAAGGCCUUUCUGCAAACAAGGUUUCACAUUUCUCAGUAUUUUUGGAGAUCUUUGAGGUUGCUCCAACAUUUAUUAUGGUAGACAUUCAGAAAGCUGCUGGAGAUGCUAGUGAAUAUCUCAAGUUUUACAAAAACUUCUGUAGCAACUUGGAAGAUAUCAUCUGGAAACCACCUACGGACUUGUGCAAAUCAAGGAUCUCCCUGGCAAGGAGUAAAAGGCGAUGAUCUAUACUAGUAUCCCGAAAGCAACCAAGUCUGUAGGAUAGAAAUGUUGAUGCAAUAUGGGUCGUAUACGUAUAAUUUACAAUACCAUGCUUUCCUCUGCCUCCUACCAUGCUUUGAGUGAUAUGGUACUGUCUGUCUGUCUGUCUGUAUUCCCCAGUUUUGUAUUAGUUGUGCAAAUUAAUAUGAAGCCCUCAUUGAUGAAGUCCCCUUAAGUUGGAUUGCCUGGGAGACAAUGCUAGUUAUACUUACCAAUCUUUAACACCCCUCUAGUUGUACUAUCACAUAUAGAGUAGAAGUUGUACCACUUGUACUUCCUGCUCCCUUUUUUAAGAAGUACCAUUUGUACUUCUUGCUCCUUUCUUUAAGAAGAUUGGUCUUUGUUGUAAAAUUUUUCACUUUUGAUAGUGUAAAA